AUGGACACUCGGAGGACAAACGCGCCAGAGGUGCGCGAGUCGAUCGAAGCCAAGACCGCCAGUGUCGAUGUCGAGAUGAAGGAUACACCGGGCGAUGAUAUCGAUGCCGAGGGCGAUGCCGACGUCGAUAUGGAUGCCGAAGGCGAAGAGGACGCUGAAGGCGAAUUGGACGAUGAAGGCCGUCCAGACAUGUAUCGCCUGAUUCACAACCUCUCAACCUACUUGUGUAGUAUUGAGGACGAUGGCGAGCAGCUUGCUGCUGGCUUCCAGCGAAUACCUAACCGACGGACCUUACCCGAUUAUUUCGAGAUCAUCGCCGAGCCAAUUGCUUUCAGUACCAUUCGGCGACAGGGCAAAACUCAAAAGAAACAGUACGGUUCGUUUACAGACUUCGUCAAGGAUGUUGCCCAAAUCUGCCACAACGCUCAGGUCUAUAACCGCCCCUCUGCUCCAAUAUUCGGCGCCGCUGUGAAAUUGAGAGAACUACUCGCUGAAGAACUCAACAAAUUGGUGGGAAAGGGCCACAUCACAGCCAAUGACGCACAACUGCCGGAUUUGGGCGAUCUUCCUCCUGCUGAAGAGUCGCCACCAGUAGAGGAUGACAAUGAGGAUGAAGAUGACGACGAUGAAGACGAUGAUGAUGAUGAAGACGAUGAAGACGAUGAUCAAGACGAGGAAGACGAGGAAGACGGGCGCCGCCGUGGACGGAAGCGACGCGCAUCAGCGCGAAAUGAUCAAGACAAAGAUUAUGAAGACGAUUCGCAUAAACGAAGAGGGCGACCUCCGAGUGUGCUUACCCCGAACGAGGCACGCAUCUCUUCACUUCUUAAGGGCUUAAGAAAGCCAAGAGACAAUGAGGGAAAUCUUCUCAUUCAUCCUUUCGAGAGGCUGCCGGACAAGGCGGCCGUCCCUGACUAUUACACCACAAUACUCAAUCCCAUCGCUCUCGACAACAUCAAGAAGAAGGUGAAGAGAAAGAAGUAUCAAAGUAUUGACCACGUACUUCAGGAUCUUAACCUCAUGUUUGAGAAUGCCAAGCGGUAUAAUGAGGAUGACAGUGAGGUACACAAGGCGGCUAUCGAGCUCGAGAAACAGGCGAGCCUCUUGUCAGAGCAAGAGAAGGCCAAGCCUGAUGAUGAUUUCCGAGAUGAAGACGGCAAACUGCCUUUGGCAGAAAUUGAAUACAAUGGACAAACCUGGAAAACAGGUGAUUGGGUUCACAUCAGAAAUCCCAACGAUCUGGCCAAACCUACAGUGGCGCAAAUCUAUCGAACUUGGCAAGAUCGCGCCGGUCACAAAUGGAUCAAUGCUUGCUGGUAUUACCGCCCAGAACAAACUGUACAUCGAUAUGAGAAGCAUUUCUUCGAACAUGAAGUCGUCAAGACUGGGCAGUAUCGGGAUCAUCAGAUCGAAGAUGUCCUAGAUCGGUGCUUUGUGAUGUUUGUGACCCGCUUCAACAAAGGCCGUCCACGUGGGUUCCCUGCCGACAAGGAGGUAUAUGUGUGCGAAUCACGCUAUAACGAGGAAAGGUUCACGUUUAACAAGAUCAAGACGUGGGCAAGCUGUGUUCCCGACGAGGUACGCGACAAGGACUACGAAAUGGAUCUCUUUGAUGCGCCUCGGCGCAUGAAAAAGAUCCCAAGCCCUAUUAAGCAUUUGUUGCGUGAGGACGCGAAGGAGACAGAUGAGCUGCCCAAGCCAACAUGGGGAAGCCCAAACGCCCCGCCAAUUGUCGGGGCUGUACAUCGCCGUCCACGGGAAUCGAAUGAUUCGCCCCCUCCAGGGCCCAGCCCUCCGCAGACCAUGUCGGCUAUUUCGCUCUCUGAUGCUGGUCCUGACACCGGUCGACGUGCGUCGAUGCUGCCUGUGCCUGGAGGUCUGCCUGGGGAUCAUGCUGCCCGACACCCUUCGAUUUCUUAUCCAGGAGGUCCGUCGCCGUCGCCUGUGCCAUACACUGCGCACAUGACGCCCCAUUUCCAACCAGUUACCCCGGGAGCCCAACCUCCACAGAUUCAUCAAACCCCCGUUCCUAUCCCACACCCACCUCACCUAAACCAUCAAAACCAGGUGUCUGUUCGACCUGUUCAGUACCAACCCCAACCCCAACCCCCGCAAGCAAGCUAUGCGCCAGGUUUCACCCCAAACUAUGGGCAGUCAGUAGCCCCUAUGCAUCAACAGACGCCAAUGGCAAAUCAUAUGACCCAAGCCUACAGCCAGGCGCAGCCUGUUUCUGUUGCUCGGAGUCCUAUGGCUCCUGCUCCUGGGGUACCUAUGCAAGGCGGUAAUGUGUACAAUCCCCCAAGGCCACCGGAAGUGUACGCGCUUCCGGACAGCAUCAACGACGGUCUACCAGAUGAGCUACGGCAAGCAUUCCAGCAUGAUAGUGCUGGUCGGGUCCUGUUCUUCACCGCUCCUCCACUAGAGAGAAAUCACAAGGGUAUCUCCCACGAGUGUGCUGGCUUGGGACAUAGCGUCAAAUAUCUAGCCGGGCGGAAAGAAUGGCUAGCUGCAAGGGAGAAGAAGAGAAAGGAGCGCAAUGAGAAGACCGGGAAUAGCUCUCGGAAGAGACUCGAGAAGGACGCCGCCGAUACAUGUGAACACAAGGGGGAGAUCGUCGCCCAAGCUAGUGAUGCCAUGGCCAAGUGGCUCGAGCAGUAUGAUGAUGAUACCCAACGGUGGAAAUCUCAGACAGGUCUGGAGGGUUGGCACGAGGUGAAUCAGACUGACAAGAAAACGGGUACUGCUUGA